UUUAAAAGCUGAUCUGCAACACAAUGCACAUUCAGAUUAAAGCUGUUCAUUCAGUAGCCCUGACCUGCAGAGAAACACUGGACAGAAAAUGAAUAAACAGGAAAUGGAGAGGAAGGUGGACAUGAUGUCCUGUAACAUCAUCAAUGAGCUGCGGUUAGAGAAGCAGCUCUGUGACAUAGUCAUCAUGGUGGAUGGCGCCGAGUUUCACAUGCACAAGAUCAUCCUGUGCGGCUGCAGCCCGUACUUCAGGGCUCUCUUCACCAACGGCUUGUACCCUCCUGAUAAGCUCGGGUACAGCAUCCCUAACGUUUCCGCCAAGAUAAUGAAGCUGAUUGUGGAGUACGCGUAUAUAAGACGUGUUAACAUCACGGAGAAAAACAUGUGUAACUUGCUGAUCACUCCUGAUUAUCUUUUGGUGAGCAGCCUGGUGAAUGAGUGCUGCACAUUCCUGAAGGCUCAGCUAUGUCCGGAGAACUGCAUUAACAUCUGGUGUUUUGCUCACUCCCACUUCUGUGAGAAUUUGAAACAGCAGGCCUUCCGGUUUGUCUUGCACAACUUUGUGCAUAUGGUGCGCCCCUUUGAGGAGUUCUUGGACCUGAGGGUCGAGCAGCUGAGCAAGAUCAUCGAGAAGGACGAGCUGAACAUGAAACAGGAGAGCGUGGUGUUCGAAGCCGUCUUACAGUUGAUCAAACAUGCGCUGUGGAAACAGAAAGCGCACAUAGGAGUGUUACUGCCCGAGGUGCAUCUGGGGCUGCUGACAUACGAUUACCCUGUGAACAAUGUAAGGAACAAUGUUUUAGUGAUGGACGGCGUGACAUGUAAGCCAAUCGACACCAGCGUUCUGAUGGGCAUCUAUGACCUCAACCCGAGCCUUUCUCUCAGCUCUGAUCUUGAGAUACUCCGCCUGCCCAGCGCCGUUCUGCUGGCCAUCGGUGGCUGUGGCCGCAGGAAUCCCACCAAUUCCAUAGAAGCAUACGAUAUGCGAGCGGCGUGCUGGGUAGAUGUCACGUGCAACGACGAGAGUCCACGAGCCUAUCACGGGACAGUGUAUCUGAACGGCUUCGUGUACUGCAUCGGAGGAUUCGACGGCGUGCAUUACUUCAGCAGUGUGAGAAGGUUUGACACCAUCACCAGAACCUGGGCUCAGGUGGGCCCCAUGCACUCUCGCCGGUGUUACGUGAGCGUGUGUGUGCUGGACGGUCGUAUCUAUGCGAUGGGAGGAUUUGAUGGCGUCGAACGUCUAAAUACGGUCGAGCGAUAUGAACCUGAGAAUGAUCAGUGGAGCAUGAUCACGCCAAUGCACGAACGAAGGAGCGAUGCAAGCGCUACAGUACUGAACGGCAAAGUGUACAUAUGCGGAGGGUUUGACGGUAACGAGUGUUUGUUCACAGGGGAGUAUUACAGUCCUCAGAUGGGAGCGUGGACCCUCACCCCCCCCAUGAUGAUCAGAAGGAGUGGACUGGGCAUGGUCACGUACGGAGGACAGGUUUACGCUGUCGGGGGAUUUGAUGGUGAUAAUUGGCUAAGCAAUGUAGAGGUGUAUAAUGCUCAGACCAACAUAUGGAGACAAGGUCCAGCCAUGAACAACGAGCGGAGUAAUUUCGGCAUUGAGGUGCUGGACGAUCUCCUGUUCGUUGCUGGAGGAGAUAACGGCACUACCACUAUGGAUGAAGUGGAGUGUUAUGAUAAGGAGACUUCUGAAUGGUUUGCAGUCGAAAACAUGAUUUUUUUCCGCAGUACUCUGAGCUGCUGUGUGCUGUCUGGUUUACCCAACAUGGCCGAGUAUGCCGUUCCCCGAGAUGAUCCCUAUGGAGUCCCUCGGAGCUCACGGAGCACCAGAGGCUACCUCACACCUCCUGGCAACAUCUGAGAUGUACAAAUAAACCUCUCCCUUCAUCAGCAUAGUUUUGUUAUCGAGAAUCAAAUUAAACACUCUGAAGCAGUCAAACUACUGAAUUUGCCUUUUGUUUACUCUCUUAUGCUGCAAGCCGUUGUACUGAAACUUGUAAAACACAACGUCCCUCAUGGAGAAGUGCGAUGGAACAGUUAACGUCCACCAUCCUGAGAUCUCUCUCACUCUCACGCACACACACACACACACACACACACACACACACACACACACCUGACAUCACAACAACAUGGCGGUGCUCACGUGGUCAGCGCUGAACAGAAUUCCCUUCACGUAAUUUUUAACGUGAUGAAACUCGACUUUGUUGACAUGUAGCUUUUGUGUCGUAAGUUUAGGUCCGUGAUGUAAUUCUGCUGAUUUUAGUUUAAAGUCACUAACGUGAUAAAAUCACUGUAAUGGAUCAUUUUUAUGAGCAAAGAUGAAGACAGGUGAUGUAGAUUAUACAUCAUUUCUCUCCGUACAUUACAUAAAUAAUUAAUGUAGAUCUUAUUAAUAUGUUUAUCAAACUCAAAUAUGACCUUGCUCCGAGUAUCCACAUUUAUUUCCGAGCCGAGCCGGAACGCCUUUGGAUCGAAACGCCAGAAAACUGGAUCUAUACUUUCAGAAUGCAGCAUAAUUCCAGCAGAUCCACAGCGAGAGACUCUCAAAUAAUUCUAUAAACACACCAGGUUCAAUUAUACUAUGCUAAAAAAAGAGAAAAAACAUAAAUUAGAAAAAACAUGAAUUAGGAAAAAAGGACAUAAAAUAGUGACAAAAAGUAAAGGAAAAGGAGAGAGAGAGGAUGAGAAAGAGUGAGAAUGAUUGAGAAUGAUUGAGAAUGAGAAAGAGAGAGAUAUGAACGAGAAUCAAAUAGAAAGAAUGAAAAGCAGAAAUCAAGAGAAAAAAGUGAGACAAACACACUACAUGAGCGACUGACAGAAAAAAGUUAGAAA